AUGGUGCAUCACGCGGCCGCCAUCAAAGAGUACAGCCGCUCCUCCGCAGACCAGGAGGAGCCUCUGCCUCACGAGCUCAGGCCCCUGAAGAUCCUGGGCCAGACCAUGGACUACAUCGUGACCCAGAUCCUGGACCAGGGCUCCGACAACUACCGCGACUGGUACGACUUUGUCUGGAACCGCACCAGAGGAAUCCGCAAGGACAUCAUCCAGCAGCACCUGUGUUGUCCCAGGACGGUCUCUCUGAUUGAGAAAUGUGCACGUUUCCACGUGCACUGUGCCCAUGAACUGUGUGAGGAGCCCAUGUCCUCCUUCGACUCCAAGAUCAACAACGAGAACCUGACCAAGUGUCUGCAGAGUCUGAAGGAGAUGUACCAGGACCUGUCCAUGAGGGGGCAGCACUGUGCCAGAGAGGCCGAGUUCAGGCACUACAACGUCCUGCUCAAGCUCAACGACGGAGACAUCCUCCGGGAGGUGCAGCAGUUCCGUGAUGAGGUCCGUAACUCUGCGGAGGUGAAGUUCUCGGUGCAGGUCUUCAGCGCCGUCAACAGCAACAACUUUGUCAGAUUCUUCAAACUGGUUCAGUCUGCGCCGUACCUGAGCAGCUGCCUCCUGCACCGCUACUUCACCCAGGUGCGGUCCCAGGCCCUGAAGGCCCUGAACAUGGCGCACACAGUCGGACCGCGCUCCACAGUGUUUCCUGUGGACGACAUCGUGAGGAUGUUGAUGUUUCAGAACUCUGACCAAGCCUCGGCUUUUAUACAACAGUUUGGACUCAACGUUAGUGACGGACUGGUGGAGCUGAGUCGUCCCAGUUUCCAGGAGCCUGAGAUCCCGGUGCUGUCGCACAGGUCUGAGCUGAUCCUGUCCAAGCGCAGGGUCCUGGUGGGGGAGGUGGUCCACGGGGGGGCCCUCCCCACCCCCCCUCACCACACCCCAGUCUGCAGCUUCGACUCCCUGAACCGCUACAGGGACGAGCCCCAGGCCACCACCCUCUGCUCAGGUACCCCCUCUGUCCAGGCCCCCCCUCUGUCCAGCCCCCCCCCUCUGCUCAGGUACCCCCCUCUGCUCAGGUACCCCCUCUGUCCAGGCCCCCCCUCUGUCCAGGCCCCCCCCUCUGCUCAGGUACCCCCCUCUGCUCAGGUACCCCCCUCUGCUCAGGUACCCCCCUCUGUCCAGGCCCCCCCUCUGCUCAGGUACCCCCCUCUGCUCAGGUACCCCCCUCUGCUCAGGUACCACCCUCUGCUCAGGUACCCCCUCUGUCCAGGCCCCCCCUCUGUCCAGGCCCCCCCCUCUGCUCAGGUACCCCCCUCUGCUCAGGUACCCCCCUCUGCUCAGGUACCCCCCUCUGUCCAGGCCCCCCCUCUGCUCAGGUACCCCCCUCUGUCCAGGCCCCCCCUCUGUCCAGGCCCCCCCUCUGCUCAGGUACCCCCCUCUGUCCAGGCCCCCCUCUUCAGGCCCCCCUCUGCUCAGGUACCCCCCUCUGCUCAGGUACCCCCCUCUGCUCAGGUACCCCCCUCUGCUCAGGUACCCCCCUCUGCUCAGGUACCCCCCUCUGUCCAGGCCCCCCCUCUGCUCAGGUACCCCCCUCUGCUCAGGUACCCCCCUCUGUCCAGGCCCCACCCUCUGUCCAGGCCCCACCCUCUGUUCAGGCCCCACCCUCUGUCCAGGCCCCACCCUCUGCUCAGGCCCCACCCUCUGCUCAGGCCCCACCCUCUGCUCAAGCCCCACCCUCUGUCCAGGCCCCACCCUCUGUCCAGGCCCCACCCUCUGUCCAGGCCCCACCCCCUGUCCAGGCCCCACCCUCUGUCCAGGCCCCACCCUCUGUCCAGGCCCUCUGUCCAGGCCCCACCCUCUGCUCAAGCCCCACCCUCUGUCCAGGCCCCACCCCCUGUCCAGGCCCCACCCUCUGUCCAGGCCCCACCCCCUGUCCAGGCCCCACCCUCUGUCCAGGCCCCACCCUCUGUCCAGGCCCCACCCUCUGUCCAGGCCCCCCCCCCUCUGUCCAAGUACCACCCUCUCUCCAAAUCUCACAAGGUCAGCGACUCUGAGUUAGCAAGAAGGCACAAAGAAUCCAGAGCCUCAGACUCUGCUCCUCCGUCUCCUGACGCUCCAACGCCCUCGCAGCCUCCAACGCCCUCGCAGCCCCCAACGCCCUCGCAGCCCCCAACGCCCUCGCAGCUCCCAACGCCCUCGCAGCCCCCGCCGGACUCCCAGGACAGACCCUCUGUGUUUGGGGCUGUGGUGGUCCAGUCUCUCCCUGUUGCUCCAGAGAAAGAACCAGAGGAGACCGGGGAGACGGCGGCGUUCGUCCCAGCUCCGGAGACUCUCUUCCAGCCGAUACCACAGCCCUCCCCCCCUGCCCCAGUCCGAGCUCCCACUCCCCCCCCUCCCCAGCCAGUCUACAGCCACGAGGAGGUGGAGGCCGAGGUGGACGGUCUGCUGGAGGAGGUGGUGGUCGCUGUAGUGAGGGAGAUAUCUGAAGCCGCCGCCUGCUACACGUCUGCUGCGCUGGCAGUGAGCGCGGAGCAGGUGGACUCUGUCGUGGCUGAAGUCGCCGUGAAUCUUCUGAAGGAGAUUUCCACGACUGAAAUGGGACUAGAACGAGACCGAAUCCGAGAGGAGAGGCGGCGCUUGGAAGAGGCCAGGAGGAAGCAGGAGCACGAGGCCUUCCUGGUGGACUACAGUUUCUCUCUUUGCUCGCAGCUCAUUUACGAAGUUCUGGACGAGACCAUCGAGAAAACUGCUGCCACAGAAAUACAGUCUGCGGUGGAGGAGAAGGCCGCCCUGGUGUCUCGCUGCACUGAGGACGUCUGUCGAUCGUUACUGGAGGAAGCUCUGAACUCGGACAUCAGUAUUUUAGUGGAACAGGUGCUGGAGCUGGAGCUGCAGCGCAUCCACAAGUGCAUCAAGAGGUGGCGUGACGUGGUGUUCCUGCGGCGGCAGCUGAAGAGGCAGAUGAGAGCCUUCCCGGCCGCUCCCUGCUUCGUGGACCCCACCUUCAGGCUCCGAGCUCUGGCCCCGAGCACUGAGGCCCACACCCCCAAAGACUCUGGGGACCUCAGCCUGUCCUCCAGCAGGCUGAUGAGGAUCCGGGACCAGGUGAUCCACCAGAUGAGAGUCCAGUACUUCUACCAGCUGCUGCUCGAUGAGGCGUCGUGGGCUCCUCUGGAUCUUCCUUCGUUAGUGAUAAAACACUUGAAGAAUCCUCCUCCAGAAAUCCUGUGGAAAACUCUGCUGCUGCUGCCGAGCGAGCACGAGACGGAGGCCAGCGUGGCCGACAGGGUGCUCUGUGAUUGGCUGCAGGUGAAGUUGGGGGCGGGCUCAGAGGACAGUCCUGCUGCUGAUGGGAUGAUUGACACUCUGAGUGUCUGCAGCUCAGUGCAGCAGAGAGAGACACACACUCACACUGUGCGCGUGGCCGUGAAGGUUUUGUUGGGGCCUCUGUCUGAGGUCUGUCUGGGUCAGGCGGAGGAAAGGGGAGACCUCCAGGGGACCAGGGCUCUGCUCCUGCUGCUCCCAGCCUCAGCUCUGCUCCCUGGCCCUGAGGACGUGUGUCUUCUGUCCGCUCUGCUGCAGCUCAGACAGCUCCAGCAGAGCAGCUCCUGGCACUGGGCCGUCCCACUGGUCGUCCUGGUGCCAGGGAGAGACGGGGGACCAGGACACACUCAGGCAUUGGCACAAGCUCUGAUGUUGCCCAAACUGGUGGAGGACGGUCUUCUCUCUGAAUACACAUUCUACUUCCUCCCUGAAACAACCAGUGACCUGCAGGGCUCCAGACAGUUGUGUCUGUCUCUGCGGUGGCUGCUCUCCCGCUCUCCCCCGUCUCCCCCUCUCUCCCCUCUCACUCUGGUGCAGUUGGUGGAGUGCUCUCUUCAUGGUGACUUCAGCGCCCGGGUCCUGGCUCAGCGGCAGGAGCGAGCCGCUGCUGGUCUGCCUCCACAGCGCCCCCAGGCUGUCAUCCGCCUGUACAACGCUCUGCUGGCACACGUGGCCGCCGCAGUCUCCGCCCCCGAACUGAGCCGGCUGUCAUGGCCGCCGCUGGAGUUCUGCGUCCCGGAGACCAGAGCGUUCGUGCCUCCCGCCGGCUGGAACCAGACCCAGCACCUGGACUGGCUCCGGGAGGCGGUACUGAGUCUACAGCUGCCAGAGUGGGACGACAGCGCCCCCACAGAGUCCUGGUCAGACCUGUGCUGCUCAGUCCUGUCUUAUGCAGAGCUGGUGUCUCCGUGUCUUCGCUCUCGUCCUCUGCUCACGUCUCGCCUCCAGAACCUGCUGCAGCGAGUUCACUGCUGCGGCCAGGGAAGACGGACACCAGGAGCCAAGGUGUCUCGCAGCUGGUGGACGGAGCAGGAGACGCGUGAGAACGUUCCGUGGGACGAUGUCCUCGUCCUCUGCAUCGACCACAAACUCAAGGCCUGGAAUCUGACCCAAGACUCAGUCUGCAGAGAUGCAGUGACAGAGGACGGGGAGCUCCUGGUUUUCUGUCGUCCUGAGGCUCUCAGUUCCUUCUCUCCUCCAGACGAGUGGAACGAGGCAACGAUGCAAACACACAGAGAGAAGCAGGAGCGACAACGACGGGUGAGUGCAGAGGCCGGGGCUCGUCCUCCGUCUCUGUCCCUGAAGAAGAAACUCUUCUGGAGCCUGAAGUCUCAGUCUGAGUCCUGCUCUGCUCCAGACCUCAGUCUCACUGCGUCUGCUCCAGAGACACUCGCUCACAGGGUCCUACUGCAGCUGGAGGAGGAGAGGCACCAUAGCAACAGGGCCAUGGAGCAGUUCCAGCGCUGGGCUGACGGUGGCGCUCUGGAGCCUCUGUGUUCUCCUCUGUUCGAGUCCUCGCUGAAGCCCCUCCCACAGGUCCUGGGUUCUUCAGUGGGAUCAGACCAUGGGGCGGACCAUGGAACAAACCAUGGGGCGGUUCUCCUCAGAUCACCUGGUCCGUCUCUGUCCUGGAGAAUGAAGGAUCUGGAGCGACAGAUCAGAACGAGUCGUGAGGAGGAGCUGGUGCUGAGAGGGCUGCUCCACAUGGUCCAGGACUGA